ACAUGGCGGUGGAGUGGAGCGGACGGAGCUUCACGGGAACUUUGCUCCUCUUUUCCUGCGUGUUCGUGGGCAGCCGCGCCGAGGCGGCGCUCCCGGAGGCGCCCAACGCCACCCUGAUCCUCGGCAUGCGCCUGGAGAGGACCGACAAGCCGUCGGAGACCACCGCGGAGGGGGUGAUCCAGGUGACCGAGGGGAGCGACACCUUCAUGCGCUUCUACGGACUCCGCUUGUUCCCGAACACCUCGGAGCUCAUCCGGUUCGCCGAGCUGCCCUCCGGCGAGGCGGACGACGACGACGCCGUCCUCGACACCGCCAAUAGGACUUGUCCCGAAUACACUAAAGACAUCACGGUGAAGGGCCCCAUGGAGGUGCGGAACCAGAACACCGCCGGGGUGGUCCGGCUCAGCAUCCGGCAGCUCCGGAAGAGCGAGGCGGUCAAGCUGUUCGGGCUGUGCGUGCUGGACCGCCGGGACCAGCGCUGGUACCUGCUGGACGAGGAGGACGGCCGGCUGCGCGUGGUGGAGGUGAAGAAGUCGCUGCUGCCCAUCUGGCUGCAGGUGAUCCUGAUCUCCUUCCUGCUGGUGCUGUCCGGGAUGUUCAGCGGGCUGAACCUGGGACUGAUGGCGCUGGACCCCAUGGAGCUGCGCAUCGUGCAGAGCUGCGGCACCGACAAGGAGAAGAAGUACGCCCGCAAGAUCGAGCCCAUCCGCCGCAAGGGCAACUACCUGCUGUGCUCGCUGCUGCUGGGCAACGUGCUGGUCAACACCACGCUCACCAUCCUGCUGGACGACCUGAUCGGCUCGGGGCUGGGCGCCGUGGUCGCCUCCACCAUCGGCAUCGUCAUCUUCGGCGAGAUCGUGCCGCAGGCGCUGUGCUCGCGCCACGGCCUGGCCGUGGGCGCCAACACCAUCGCGGUGACCAAGCUGUUCAUGCUGCUCACCUUCCCGCUGUCCUGGCCCAUCAGCAAGAUCCUGGACUGCGUGCUGGGCCAGGAGAUCGGCACGGUGUACAACCGCGAGAAGCUGGUGGAGAUGCUGAAGGUGACGGAGCCCUACAACGACCUGGUGAAGGAGGAGCUCAACAUGAUCCAGGGCGCGCUGGAGCUGCGCACCAAGACGGUGGAGGACGUCAUGACGCCCAUCGGCAACUGCUUCAUGAUCCACAGCGACGCCGUGCUGGACUUCAACACCAUGUCGGAGAUCAUGGAGAGCGGCUACACCCGCAUCCCCGUGUACGAGGACGAGCGCUCCAACAUCGUGGACAUCCUCUACGUCAAGGACCUGGCCUUCGUGGACCCGGACGACUGCACCACCCUGAAGACCAUCACCAAGUUCUACAACCACCCGGUGCACUUCGUCUUCCACGACACCAAGCUGGACGCCAUGCUGGAGGAGUUCAAGAAAGGGAAGUCCCACCUGGCCAUCGUCCAGAAGGUCAACAACGAGGGCGAGGGAGACCCGUUCUACGAGGUUCUGGGUCUGGUCACCCUGGAGGACGUCAUCGAGGAGAUCAUCAAGUCGGAGAUCCUGGACGAGUCCGACCUCUACACCGACAACCGCACCAGGAAGAAGGUGGCGCCCAGUAAGACCAAGAGAGACUUCUCUGCCUUCAAGCACGAGAGCGAGUCCAAGGUGAAGGUGUCCCCCCAGCUGCUGCUGGCCGCCCACCGCUUCCUGGCCACAGAGGUCAGCCUGUUCAGCCCGUCUCAGAUCUCGGAGAAGGUUCUCCUGCGGAUCCUGCGCCACCCCGACGUCAUCCAGGAGAUCAAGUUCAACGAGAACGACAAGCGCUCGGCGCAUCACUACAUCUACCAGCGGGGCAAAGCCGUGGACUACUUCAUCCUCAUCCUGCAGGGCCGGGUGGAGGUGGAGGCGGGGAACGAGAACAUGAAGUUCGAGACGGGACCCUUCUCCUUCUACGGCGUGAUGGCGCUCAGCGCCCCCACCCUGGAGUUCCGGUCGCCGUCCCACCUCAGCGGCCUGAACCGGACCGCCUCGCUGAGCGGCGCCGACCGGACCGAGUCGCUGUCGGCGAGCGGGAGCAGCAGCCAGCUGAGCGGCCCGCCGGCGCAGCAGUACACCCCCGACUUCUACGUCCGGGCGCUCACCGACCUGCAGUUCGUCAAGAUCACUCGAGCUCAGUACCAGAACGGCCUGAUGGCGUCCCGCCUGGACAGCACGCCACAGUCCCCCGAGAGCGGCCACAACAGCACGGGCCUGGACCAGACCCCCCCGGCCCAGGAGCCCGUCCCCGCCCCCGCCCCCGCUGCCACCGACCCCACCAUCAUGGACCUGGGAGUCGAACCUACGCCCACGGAAAACGGGCCGGAUGAGACCACCCUGCUGCUGAACGAGCAGAACUCGCCGCACACGGCCAACCACCACCACCACGGCGGGCUGGAGAACAGCGUCUGACCCCCCAGACCCCCCCAGACCCCAAGACCACAGCCCCCGAUCCACAUCCCCACCCGCCCUCACACCUGCACUACUGCACCCGGGUGUGUGCGGAGGAGGAGAGGAGUGUGUGUGUGUGUGUGUGUGUGUGUGUGUGUGUGUGUGUGUGUGUGUGUGUGUGUGUGUGUGUGUGUCUGUGUGUGUCUGUGUGUCUGUGUGCCUGUGUGUCUGUGUGUCUGUGUGUGUGUGUGUGUGUGUGUGUGUCUCUAAUUCACUGUCCCUAAACAGACUCAGGGAGACUCCGCCCUCCUCCUCUUUGCCCCGCCCCUCUAUAAUGUACAUACAUGCAAGUGUGGUGGAAACCCCCCAGAGCCCCCCCUUCAGACUGCCCCCCCCAGACUGCUCACGCCCGCCGCAUGUGUAGCACACCCCCCCCCCCCAUACAGCUAGAAGACCAAGAGGACGGGAGUCCAGAUGAAGACAUUCAUGUGGAGAAGAGACUUUAUUGUGGAGCAGAAACCGCAGCUGAUAGUCCUGAUCCUCCUGAUGAUCCAGGGAGCCCUGGUCCCCCUGGUCACCCUGAUCACCCCGGUCCCCCCGGUCACCCUGAUCACCCCGGUCCCCCCAGGACCCGGCAGGUCAGGACCGGUCAACACUCCAGACUGAGAGACGAGAGCAGCUCGUCCUCUGAAGCUGACAUGUCGGAUUUAACUGAAGCGUUGAGAUGAGUCCAGUCUGACCUGGAGGGAGGCGGCUGUCUGGACCAGCCUGAACCUGUCUGGACCAGCCUGAACCUGUCUGGACCGGUCUAAACCGGUCUGAACUGGUCUGAACCAGUCUAAACCAGUCUGAACCAGUCUGCACCAGUCUGGACCAGUCUGGACCGGUCUGGACCGGUCUGAACCGGUCUGAACCGGUCUGAACCGGUCCAAUGCGACUGUUUUUCCCGCUGCAGCUCCGGUCUGGGAUGAACUGACUGGAACGUCUCCGUGGUCUCGGCUCCAUGGAUCAUUUCAGAGGAUCCGGUUUUGAUCACCUGAUCGGUCCAGAUCGCCGUCUCCUGCAGGGACACCGUUUAUUUUCCACGUGACUGUUUGAGGGUUCAAUUCCCAGUUUCCUGCCCCGAGCCUUUUUCCCCUGAGCUGUAAAGAGAUUCACCGCUGGUGGACUGUUUGAACUGUGGACAGUCUGUCUGCUCUGUGGACAGUCUGCUCUGUGGACUGUCUGCUCUGUGGACUGUCUGCUCUGUGGACAGUCUGCUCUGUGGACAGUCUGCUCUGUGGACAGUCUGUCUGCUCUGUGGA